AGCACUUUGACGUCAUCCCCCACACGGGAGUGACGUCAAUGCGGAGGGCAGAACGGGAUGACGUGCUUAUUUAAAUGUCUCCCGAGCAGAGGGAUGGAGAGGAGGUCUGAGCGGAGGCAGCAGCCAGGACACGGCGCCUGCCAGGCCCACUCCCACGCUGCAGAGCCUCGGUAACCGGGAUCCAGCCAGCGAGACAUGAUGCCCGGCGCCGCCAGCUGAGGGAUGGCUGCGUCCUGCCGGUGCCCGGGGACAAGCUGCUCCCGCCGCCGCCGCUGCUGCUGCUGUCAGCGUCCUCCUCCUUCUUCUGCCGCUGGCCAAGGUGCUGAAGGCGCCGCCUGUGUCCCUCUGCAGCCCCAUCCAUGUCUGUGAUCCCCGGCUCUCCUGCCAGCACCCUGCUCCCCAGACAGUACUGGAUCCGUCCUGCAGAGCAGUCCCCAGAGGAAGGAGAGGCUUUGUUCUAGCACAGGAAGAAGACUUGGGAGGUCUGCAGUUAUUGGUCAUACUGGUGCAUACUGUAUAUAUGUCUGUGUGUGUGGGAAGAGGAACGUGGGAAGCGGAUCUUUGUCAAGAAGGACAUGAUUGGAAUAAGCAUUGGGCUGGCUUCCUAGUGUUGCCUCAAAGUACAAGACACUGGGGGAAGCAGAUAUAUGAAUGCUCACUCCUUUUGUUGGAUAUACUUUUUUUAAUAUACAAGUGUUAUUUUUUACCACGUUAAGUUACAUAUAAGAAAAACAAACUUCUUGGUCCGUCAUAUUUUUUUUGGAAUUAUCCUUGGAUUUAAAAGCCAGACACUUCAUUUAUGCUGUCUGUCAAGUGACACAAGAUAGAAGAGGCUGACAAAAUUAGAAACACAUUCUGAUUUAAAGAAACGUGGAACAAAUCUAAUGUUGCAAGAAGAAACAUCUUAAAGUUCUGUAGGUCACUUCAGUGCAAAAUCUUUUCUGGGCAAAAUGGGGGAGCAACCCAUCUUUAGCACCAAAGCUCAUGUCUUCCAGAUUGAUCCAAACACAAAGAAAAACUGGGUUCCCACCAGCAAACAUGCAGUUACUGUGUCCUAUUUCUAUGAUAGCACAAGAAAUGUCUACAGGAUAAUUAGUCUGGAUGGGUCGAAGGCAAUAAUCAACAGCACCAUCAGCCCCAACAUGACUUUCACUAAAACAUCCCAGAAGUUUGGCCAGUGGGCAGAUAGUAGGGCCAAUACAGUGUACGGCCUGGGCUUCUCCUCUGAGCAUCAUCUUACAAAAUUUGCAGAAAAAUUUCAGGAAUUUAAAGAAGCUGCUCGAUUAGCAAAGGAGAAAUCACAAGAAAAAAUGGAAUUGACCAGUACACCGUCACAGGAAUCAGCUGGAGGGGAUAUCCAGUCUCCGCUAACCCCUGAAAGCAUCAACGGAACGGACGAUGAAGGAACAACCCCAGAAGUGAGACAAAAUUACGAACCAAGGGCUGAACCUACGCAGAAUGCAUUGCCAUUUACACAUAGCAGUUCUGCAAUUAACAAGCACUGGGAAGCAGAACUGGCUACACUUAAAGGAAAUAAUGCCAAACUCACAGCAGCCUUGCUGGAGUCUACUGCCAAUGUCAAACAAUGGAAACAACAGCUUGCUGCAUAUCAGGAAGAAGCAGAGCGUCUCCACAAACGGGUGAGUGAAUUAGAAUGUCUCAGCAGUCAAGCAAACGCAGUGCAAACACACAAAACGGAACUCAGUCAGACAAUACAAGAAUUAGAAUCUACGCUGAAAAAGAAAGAAGAGGAAAUAGAGCGACUGAAGGAAGAAAUCGAUCAUGCUAAAGAGUUGCAAGAACAGAGAGAUUCUUUGAGCCAAAAAUUACAGGAAGUGGAGACACGUAACAAAGAUCUGGAAGGACAGCUCUCUGACUUGGAGCAACGACUGGAGAAAAGUCAGGGCGAGCAGGACGCAUUUCGCAAUAACUUGAAGACUCUUUUAGAAAUCCUGGAUGGGAAAAUCUUUGAACUCACUGAAUUGCGAGACAGCCUGGCCAAGUUGAUAGAGUGCAGUUAAAAAGGCAAAAGGGCUGCCACCACCAACCUACUUAAUGACGUACCGUCUCUCUUCACAGCAUGGUGGUGGGAUCUGCAUCAGAGUUGCACAAAACCUGAAUGGGAAAACUCCUUUUCGAGAGUUUAAUUGCAAAUUUCGUAGUUGGCUGAAGUGUGAAAUUGAGACUUGCUUUAUUAGCUAACAGAGAGGAAAUUAAAAAUAAAACUUGAAUUACAAAUUACCUCCUUAUUCCCUUAUUGGCCAUAAUGAACUUUAACGCAUUCAGUGCCAGGUAGUCCUACGUGCUAGCCCUGAAUGUACAAGAUUAUUACCAGUAGUUUAACGCAAUCCCUUCGGUUUGCAAACAGAUGAAGAAAAAAAAAUUAGUUGCCAGUGUUUAAUUUGUUUUUUUUCCCAGACAUAAUAUAUAUAAAUAUAGGUUUUGAUUUUUUUUCUAUGUCUUUUUUUGUUGUUGUUCUUUUCUAUGAAAUACCUGCUCGCAGUGUUUUGUGCAAAAAACAUUAGUGAAGACUCCCUUUAUUUUUUGUUGUAAUCUGAACAUCUUCUCAGGAUAUUUUUGCACUGUUGAAAAGAAGUGCAUUACUAAUUUACCUAGCCAGGAGUGAGAGCGAAUACAUCAUUAACUGAAAAUAGUUACAGUAUCUUACCCGUUGUAUAAUGUUCUUCCUUUUUGUACUGGAAGAUGUCUCCUUCUGAAAUUUACGCUGGUGGGUUUUUUUUUCUUUAUUAUGAUGUCCGUUUCAUUUAACGCUAUUUUAUUUCCAAAACUGGUCUCAUUUUCUUAUACACUGUAAAGCCAACUCCAAAGGCAGCUGAAUACUAGGGAGAUAAAAGAUGUUAAAUUAGUAUAUAUUUGAAGAGCAUUACAAAGAAUAUUUAACAAGAGUUUAAUAUAUGGACUUUUAACUGCAUAUAAGUAUGUUUUGAAAUGAAUGCAAAAUGUUUACUUAUGUAUUUUGGAAAACAUCAUUUCUGAACGUCCGAUGCAUCUCAAUGUACGUAGUAAGUGAUAAUAGGAAAACCUGUUUGUUCUUAUUUAUUUUUAAGGAUAUACCGCUAUUGGGAAGCUACUUAUUUUAAUUGAUCAAACUGUGAACUCGAUUUUUUGAACUUUCCUUGGAAAUGUGGGUAAUAUUCCCGAUUUAGCCCCUUCAUCCAUCAAGAACACUUCUGAUAAGGAAUCCUGAAAAAUAAAUCACCCCAAAGAAAUGUAUAUUUCACUUGGUAACUUUUCAACCAAGUUUAAUUGUGUAUACAGUUGCGUGCAAACAUAUUCAACCACCUAAAAAGUUGUCUGUAUUACAAAAUAAAACACAAAUUGUUCCAGACACUAUUUUUAUUGUGAAUCAGUAGCCUCGUAAAGUCAGUUUUCAGAUUCGUAAUUCAUGGGGGUAAAUUUACUAAGGUGGAAGUUUUUUUAGAACUGGUGAUGUUGUUCAUCGCAACCAAUCAAAUUCUACUUAACAUUUAUCUAGCUGCUUCUAGAAGAUAAUAGAAUCUGAUUGGUUGCUAUGGGCAAUAUCACCAGUUCUAAAAAAAACUCCCACCUUGGUAAAUUUACCCCAUUAUUUCUCUGCAGAUGUAAAAUGAUGAAAAAUGCCAUUUACAUAAGUAUUCAACCCCUGUAGACUAGAACUUGAUAGAACUACCUUUUGCUGCAAUAAUAGAUUUAAGUAUGUUGGGCUAAGUUUAUACCACUUACCUUACUGGAAUUGAUUUUUGGACAUUCUUUCUUGCAGAUUUGCUCCAGGUUGCUCAGGUUGGCUUUAUGAAGCUUGUACAGUAGACUGCAAUUUUCAGUAUAGUUUUUUAUUUGAACAAAUUUCUAGAGAUUCUCAAUUGGAUUGAGUUCUAGACUUUGACUUUCACUUUUUCUCAUUGUAACAUAGUAACAUAGUAUCUAAGGUUGAAAAAACACAAUUUGUCCAUCAAGUUCAACCUAUUUGUGGUCUCCUAUGCAGGAUUAUUUUGGUCUAAAUGAUGCUGAUGUCAGCCGUUGAGUUUUAUUCCUCUUUUUAUAGUAACUAUAGUGCGCGACUACACACCAUAACCCUGGAUAUCCUUAUCCAAUAGGAAUUUAUCUAACCCAUUCUUAAAGAUGAUGACUGAGUCCGCCAUUACAACUCCCCCAGGCAGGGAAUUCCAAACAUGUAUUGUCCUUACUGUGAAAAAAAAUGUUUUGCCGCAUUGUGCGGAAUCUCCUCUCCUCUAACCUAAGCGAGUGUCCACGUGUCCUCUGUGCUGAUCUUACCAAAUACAGGCCCAAGCAAGCUCUGUGUAUUGUCCUCUUAUAUAUUUGUAGAUGUUGAUCAUGUCCCCUCUUAGUCUCCUCUUUUCCAGUGUAAACAUGCCUAGCCUUGCAAGCCUUUCCUCGUAUUCCAGCGUUUCUAUGCCCUUAAUUAGUUUGGUCACCCGCCUCUGAACCAUUUCUAGCUCCGGGAUAUCCUUUUUGUAGUAUGGUGCCCAAAAUUGCACACAGUAUUCAAGAUGUGGCCUCACUAGUGAUUUAUAUAAUGGGAGUAUAACACUCUCGUCCCUUGCAUCAAUUCCCCAUUUUAUGCAUGCUAAUAUCUUAUUAGCCUUUUUUGCUGCAAUCUUACUUUGGGUACUGCUGCUUAGUUUGCUAUCUAUGUGAACACCUAAGUCCUUUUCCAGUACAGAAUCCCCUAAUGUUACCCCAUUUAGUAUGUAGGUGUAAUUUUGGUUCUUGCUACCACAGUGCAUUACCUUACACUUGUCUGUAUUGAAGCGCAUUCUCCAUUUGGCUGCCCAUGCUUCUAAUUUAACUAAGUCGUUCUGAAGAGACUCAGCUUCCCCCUCCAUAUUUAUAACUUUACACAAUUUGGUAUCGUCUGCAAAAAUUUACACCAUACUCUCUAGACCUUCUGUUAGGUUGUUAAUGAAAAUGUUGAACAAUAGUGGUCCUAGUACAGACCCUUGUGGCACACCACUUAGCACUUCAGUCCAAUUUGAAAGUGAUCCAUUAACCACAACGCGCUGUUCCCUAUUAUCUAACCAAUUUUUGACCCAAGUGCAUAUUGUGCUCCCUAGCCCUAUUUCUUGUAGCUUAUAGAUAAGUCGCAUGUGUGGUACAGUGUCGAAAGUUUUGGCAAAGUCUAAAAAGAUUACAUCCACCUCCAUACCCUGAUCAAGGUUCGCACUUACUGUUUCAUAAAAUCCCAGUAAGUUGGUUUGACAUGAUCUGUCCUUCACAAAUCCAUGUUGAUUCCUUUUAAUGACAUUAUUGACUUCCAGGAACUUCUGAAUACUAUCCCUUAAAAUACCUUCCAAUACUUUCCCCACUAUGGAUGUAAGACUAACUGGUCUAUAAUUACCCGGUUCAGCUUUACUUCCCUUUUUGAAUAUUGGCACUACUUCCGCUAUACGCCAGUCUUUGGGAACCAAACCUGAUAUAACUGAAUCUUUAAAGAUCAAAAAUAGCGGUCUUGCAAGUUCACAGUGAAGCUCCAUUAGAACCCUUGGGUGAAUUCCAUCGAGACCCGAUGACUUAUUAAUAUUUAAAUGUUUUAAUCGGUCACAGACUACCUCCUCACUUAAAUAAGCACUUAUCAGUGGGACAUUAUCAUUAUUGAGAUUGUGUGUUAGUCCCUGAAUUUGGUCCUCUCUUGUAAAUACCGUUGAAAAAAACUAAUUUAGUUUGUUCACUAUGUCAUUAUCAUUUUUGACUAAGACUCCCAACUUGUCUUUUAAAGGGCCUAUACUCUCCUUCUUUAAUCUCUUGCUGUUGAUGUAUUUAAAGAAUUUUUUGGGAUUCGCUUUGCUUUCCUUUGCUACUAGUUUUCCAGUUUCUACUUUAGCCGCUCUUUUAUUUUUUGCAUAUUUUGUUACAGUCCUUAUAGUGCUGAAAUGACUCCCCAUUCCCGUCAGAUUUGUAUUUUUUGAAUGCUCGCCUUUUCUUGCCCAUAAGUUUCUUUAUCUUUUUGUUAAGCCACAUUGGUUUGGGAUUUUUAUUCCUUUUUUUGCUGCUUGUGGGAAUAAAUUUUAGAGUAUUUUUUACUAGCAGUGAUUUUAAUACAUCCCAUUUCGCCGUUGUAUUUUUUCCUUGAAACAAAAUUUCCCAUUUUGUCUUGUAGUAUCCCCCUAUAUUUUUCAUUGGUCCUAGUUGGCCUGUAGUUUCAACAAGAUGCCCAGUCCCCAUUGAGGGGAAGCAUCCCCACGAGAUGCAGCCACCCCAUACUUCACUGUUGGGUUAGUGUUUGCUCUGGAAUGGGCAGUGUUAGGUUUUGUUAACGUCUUGACGUGGGGCCAAAAAGCAAACCAUUUGUCUCAUCAGACCACAAAAACUUAUCCCACAUUUUACCUGGGUUGCCCUGAUGUUAUCUGGCUAAUUCCAGGUGUACUUUAAUGUGGUUUUCCAUCAGUAAUGGCAUUUUUCUAGCCACUCUCACAUAUAGGACAGUUGUAUACAGAGCUCUUGAUAUGGUUGACUGGUGCACUUUCAGUCCAGUCUCAGCCACUGACAUCUGUAGCAACAAGUGAUAAUUGGCCUCUCUAUGGUUUCCCUCACAAGUCCCACCGAGUUUUGAGGGUCGGCCUUUUCUACGCACUGCCUGGGUGGCCUGAUGCAGCUUCCAUCUCCUUGCAAUGGAUCAUAGGAGUGCUCAUGGAGAUAUAGUUCAGGACUUUGGAUAUAAUUAUGUAUUCUUUUCCUAACUUUGUUCAUGUCUGUAACUAUAACUUUCAUUUUCUCAGAAUGCUGUUUGGUCUUCAUUUUUGCAGCUUUCUCUCAAAGGAGGAGAUGUAUCAAGCCUUGGAGAAAGAUAGAGUGGAGAGAGAUAAACUACCAGCCCACCAGCUCUUGUCAAACACAGCCUGUAACAUUGCAGUUAGGACCUUAUGUCUCUAUCACUCUCCGAACUUAGUACAUCUGCCCCAUAUUAUGACCAGUGUUAUUUGAAUUAGGAGAACUUUUAUCCAUGGGACUUUUCUUGGUGAUUCACAGUUAAUCGGUAAUAGAAAGCCAAUCAAUUGUUAGGGCAAUUUCUUUCAUUUAUGUAAACUUGGAUCUUCCAAAUGGGUAGAAUACUUACAUAAGCAGCAUUUCCAGUUUUUAUUUAAAAGAAAAAAAAUCUGCAGACAAAUAAUGGGAGCUGAAGGUCCCCUCUGAGCACUAUUGCUGAUCUCUACAUCCUAAGUGCAGCGAUCAGCAGGGGGACUGGUGAUCAAUUCCCCUGGUGGCCAUCUCCGCUGCAAGGGAAGGAAUACGUGCACUGGGAUGGCAUCUACAUUUUGAAGUUGGGUUCAGUAGCCACAGAGGGGUGCGGUGGGGUUUUAUGUCCCAAGAAAGUUUAUUGCUACUCGGAAGGCAGGGAAUUAUAUUCGCUAAGGGAGUUUACCACCAUUGCGGGGGAAGGCCAUUGUUGCAGCCUAUGGACAUGGGGUGAGGGGUGAUGCCUCUAGGGGGACCUGCUAACACUGCAGGAUCAAUUGCCACUGGGGGAUCUAUUGCUCCUGGGGCUAUAAAGGGUAAUAUAGCAAUAGGGACCUAUAGACACUGGGGUAAUUUUUCCACAAAAAUAUUUAAAUGUUUUUGUCCAAAAACAAAAAAAAACGAACAAAAUUUUUAGGUAUCGCUUUUGCAAAAAAAAUAAUCAGUUAAAUGGUUAAGACGCUCUUUGCAAUAAAAAAAUACUAUCUGGAACAAUUUGGGUGUCACUUGUACUACAGACGAUGUCACUUGUAAUACAGACGAAUCUGAUGACUUUUUAGGGAGUUGAAGAAUUUUGUACUUCAUUGUAUUACAGAUAUUAGGACAAUUGUCAGUUUACAAUGUCAGAGUUCUAUACUUGUAUGAGCACCUAAAAGAACAGGGUCACUACACCCACAUUUGGAGGUAGAUACUCACUUUGACAUGUCAUUAUUUUUUACUUUUCCUAAUGAAUGGGUGUUAUAGUGACUCUUCCUGGCUGCUUAUAAGAUCCCCAAAUAGACAUAAUUGCCAGCGUCUACUAUACUCUUCUUUGCAUAGUAAAAUGUAUUUUGAAGCAAUAAUAGCCAUUCAAUCUCAUUCCAGUGUGAUUGUGCAUUCACCGUUUUGAAUUGAUGCUUAUCAUUGAUAUUUCAAUGGAAACCUUUCCCUUAAGUGUUCAUCAGUUUAUUAUUUUAUUCCGCGGGUAUUUAAUAUACACUUUUUUUGAGGCUGAUACAAUAAUGGUGCAAUCUUUGCCUUAACCACUACACUGUAAUAUACAGAAAUUGCUUCUUGCAAUUAUUGUGGCAUUAACACAAGUGAUUCUUUUUGUAGUUUAAAACAUUGAUAUUAUGAACAAAAUCUUUUUAACUUUAGUUUGCAACUAAAUACAGCGUUAUUAAACCAGGGAAACGACAAUGUUUGUGCAUCUACAAAAUAAAACAAAGACAAGAUUUUCAAAAUCUGCAUUUUUAUUGGUGGUUGAUGUAGUCAGCCCUCAGCGCAUAUCUGGAUUGUUACUAUACCUCGUUAAGGAUUGGUAAGGAUGAAGGGGCUAAAUACAUAUUAUAUAUGGGUGAUUACUGAUCAUUGUUUUCAAACUUAUAGCCAGCAUUAUUCCAAACUGUUGCUUCUUAAAUGAAAACCUAGUUUGAAGUGAAUGGUUACAUAAAAGUUUUCAAGUUGUUCAAAUGUACUUUUCGCAAACUUUUGACAACCAUUGCAUUUGUUUAUAAUAUAUUUAUUUUAAGAAACAUGUUUGGAAGAUAGAUUUUCUUUUAUUUCUGAGUGCAAACUUCGUAAUAAUAUAAUAUAAUGACUGUAAGACAUCUUGUUUCUCACUGGGGUUUAGAUAAUCCGUAUACCCAAGUCCCCACCUUGACAUGAUGUGAAUGUUAUUAGGAUAUGGCAGAGGGCAUAUGUUACUUCUAUAUAACUGUUUCUUCCCUUCUGUACAUAUUUUGAGAAUUCUAUGUAAAUUCACAAUUACCUGUACAGCGGGCCUAAUCCCUUGUGGCGCAGAGGGGCAUUUUACCUCCCUCGGCUGUGCCUAAGGUAUUGACAGUUCUUUUAAACUGAUGUCACUGAUUUAAAGAAACUUCUUACUCUG